GCUCAGGCCCCAACUCCCGAGUCCUGCCUUGUCCCGUGUGACCAGAGGACCUCGAAGUCCUGCAUGCCAAGCCCGGCUCUGCCGUCCACUCUGACAGGCUAUGGAACCCUUCGAGGCCUGGCCUCCCGAAGCUCCCUCCGUCGUCUCUUUGACUAGGGCACCGUAGGCUCCGCCUCUCGAGCCCCGUCCCGCCCUCGGCCUCUCCAGGCCCCGCCUCACGGGCUCCGCCUCGUCCACUGCUCCGACGGAGCACAGGAGCCUCGCCACCCAGCCCCGCCCCGUAUCCAGGACCCGCUGUCCACUGGGCACUGCAGGGCCCUCGGGCCCCCGCGACUGGCUCCCGAGGUCGUCAUGACGGCUGCCGUGUUCUUUGGUUGCGCCUUCAUCGCCUUCGGGCCCGCGCUCGCUCUUUACGUCUUCACCAUCGCCACCGACCCUUUGCGAGUCAUCUUCCUCAUCGCCGGUGCUUUCUUCUGGUUGGUGUCUCUUCUACUGUCAUCCGUUUUUUGGUUCCUAGUGAGAGUCAUUACUGAUAACAAAGAUGGACCAGUACAGAAUUACCUGCUCAUCUUCGGAGUGUUGCUCUCUGUCUGUAUCCAAGAGCUGUUCAGGCUUGCAUAUUAUAAGCUGUUGAAAAAAGCCAGUGAGGGUUUGAAAAGCAUAAACCCAGAUGAGACAGCACCCUCGAUGCGACUGUUGGCCUACGUUUCUGGCUUGGGCUUUGGAAUCAUGAGUGGAGUGUUUUCCUUUGUGAACACCCUGUCUAACUCCUUGGGGCCAGGCACGGUGGGCAUUCAUGGUGAUUCUCCUCAGUUCUUCCUUAAUUCAGCUUUCAUGACACUGGUCGUCAUUAUGCUGCAUGUGUUCUGGGGCGUUGUGUUCUUUGAUGGCUGUGAGAAGAAUAAGUGGUACAUUCUCCUCACGGUUCUCCUGACGCAUCUGGUGGUGUCCACCCAGACUUUUCUAUGUCCUUAUUAUGAAGUGAAUCUGGUAACAGCAUAUAUAAUCAUGGUGCUCAUGGCUAUCUGGGCAUUUUAUAUUGCUGGAGGCAGCUGCCGGAGCCUGAAAUUCUGCCUGCUCUGCCAAGACAAGGAUUUUCUUCUUUACAACCAACGCUCCAGAUAACCUCAACAGUCAGCACCUCUAAGCAGCAGCCUGUGUCUUUAGAGGAAGCACCCCUGGGCCCUGUUCUAAGCCGACCCCUUUCUCUUGGAACUUUGAAGCCACAGAAGUGUCUAGCCUGGAACUGUCCUGUGCUUUCAGGCAGCAGCCUCUGGAAGAGCUGCAGUGUAGCCUGCAGCCUGGCUGCACAUUUGAAGCAUUUGGGGAAACAAAGACUGAUGCUUCUGGGCUUCCCCUCCAGACUUGAUUAUCCUGGAUGUGCAGAACAGCUGAGAGUCACUGGGGUCCGAUGCGAAGUUCCAGAGAACACCCAAAACUGUUCAGUAUUGGUCUUCUAAGCCAGCGUCAGCUGAGCAAGUAAAUAUCUGAAUGUGGUAACCAGGGUAGCCCUUGUCUUUUUAUGAACUGAUGUCACAGACUCCAGGGCUGUUCUGUCUGUGGAUGGUUUUGCUAGCCUUCACCAGCAGCAUAGGCUGUGCCUUUAAAUGCAGUAACCUACCCUGAUGUUAUAACUUAGCCAAAGUAAGGUCCAUAUAGAACCUGUAUUUUUCUCAUUAUUUUAUCCAUUUUAAGUUUUUCUUCCUCAGCACUAGAUUAUUUAUUUGAGUAUAAAUCCAGGCUCUUUAGGAUUGAUUAUAUGCUGACUUCCUUGGGAGAGUCUAAAAUUAUAUGCUGAAUUCCUUGGAAGAAAUUGGCAGUGCAAUUUCUAUGGAUUCCACAAGUUUAUUCAUUAUAAAAUACUAACAGCAGCAUAGAUUCCUCAGUUUUAAGCUGUUGUGUGUGCUGUCUGAAACUGGUUUGUCAAGAGAAAGAUCACCUUUUUUUUUUAAUCUCUGAGAAGCUUGGCAGGGAGAUGAACAAUGGACCUUUGGCAGAUCUUCUCUGGACUUUGAGAGUGUAGCUAAACCACAAAGUAGUGUGACAUUGACACUUUUCUUUUGCUACUGUGAUACAGAUUUCAAGCUGGCAUGUACAUUUUCAUCUUCAGCAGUUUGCCUGGGUUCUGGUUACUGUGAGACAAACAGCAUUCCCUUUAUAGGACUACCCAAGGGCUUUGUUAGUCUUCCAGAUAAGGCCUCUGGCUUCCUCUGUAAGAGGAAACGCUACUGCACUGGGAGUCUACUGUGGAGACUGUUCCCAACUUAGAGUGUAAACUAGAAAUGACCUCUUCAUGGAAGUGAUGCCUUGGUGAACCCAGCACACAUGUACACUAUCUAUAACAACCAGGGGCAGCAGUGAGAGGGCUUGGCAGUGACACUGAAGAUGAUUUACCCAGGAACUAAAAUAUUUGCGUGUCUAUGUAGAGAUGCAAGACUUAUAAAGCUUCUAGCAAGACUAUAGAUUACCUGAGAAACCACCGUAGUUCCCUUCUUAAAGGUUACUUCAGCUCUAAAUCAUGUCAGUGCCUCUGCUGGAGUUCAUUGAUUUGUAUCUUCAUAUAAGGUUUCCCCUGGUCUAGAAGGACAAAGACAUAGAAAGCAAACAGCAAACUUCACUUUACAGAGCCAAGAAGAAGAUGCCCACAGGGCUGGGAUGUGUUCCUCCCUGAGCUUGGUGAUUGCUGCUGUCUUAUACACCUUGUAUGUAGAUAUUUUGAUAAAAUGUUUGCUCGUCUGAGGCAUGGAGAACCUGAGAAUUUGACUGUUAUCUUACUUGAGCUCUAAGCAAAUUCUCUAAGUAUACCAUGAUGUUAGAAAUGAGGCUAUUAUAAAAUCUCAAUUAAUAAAAACUCAGAUGAAUGACUAGGAAGAUGGCUCACUGGCUAAGCACACAUACUGGUCUUUCAGAGGAUCCAAGUUCAGUUACAAGAACUCCCUUUGAGCAGCUCACAGCCACUUCUAACUACAGCUCCAGAAGAUUCAAGGCAUCUGGCCUUCCACUGCAACUGUAUUCAUAUGCUCACACAGGCGGGAACAUACAUAUUCAACAACAGAACCAACACACAUGAGAAGAAAAUUUGCCUAUGAAACUUAGUUGAAUUAUUGAAUAGUCCUUGUUUGCCUGUGGUUGUUCUUAUACUGUGAGUGUCGCUGUGUAGCUCAGACAGAGCUGUUUCAGUAGCCUGCUUUGCACCUUACCUAGGAAGCCUGAGGGAGGUGGCGUCUUACACAUUCAUAUUGAAGUGCUGCUCUUAUUAAUUAUUGAAAAGGAGUAGCCUGGAUGUUGUAUGCUGUGUUUCACACAGAUUUUUCUGUGAAGAGAGGAAAAAAAUGCACAUAAAAUUGACCUUGGGAUUUUGAAUAUUGUUUUAGUGCUUGAGUAACAGAGAUUCAUUGGCCAUGUGACUAGCUGGGAUAGAUUCAGUUUUGGUUUAAUUUAAGCCACAUUUAACCUUAGUUUGAACCAGUGCUCUUCACUGGAGGUGUGUGCCACCUGUAUGUUCUUUCGCUUGCCUGACUAGCAACGCAGAAGUAGUGACAUCUUCAGAGCAUCCUGAUGAAAUGUGCUCAAAGGAAGUGAGGACAAUGUCUUCAGACUGCUCAGAAGAUAGCUUUUGUUCCCAGUAAACAUAAGUACUGUGAGAGAGGUUUUCUCUCCCUAGUUCUUGUUUCAUUAGCUUCAGCCCUGUGUCAAAACAGGUGUUAACAGUAGAUGUGAGCACUGAAGCCUUGCUGGGGCUUAUAGGCAUGUGCCACCAUGCCUAGCUAAAGCAUCUCAUUAUGAUUACAAUAUUUAUCUUUUUGUUUACUAGUAGGCUUUAUUUUAGUCUUUUCUAAUGUUUAGAGGAAAUGAGCACUCUCUCUCUGUAUCAUCUAUAACAUUUUACAUGUUAAACCUUUAUGACCUGUAUGACCUGCCUUUAUGACCUGUAGCAGCAGACCUUCCAGGCCUGUGUUUUUCCCAAUGAACAGUAAAAACACUAUUUAACAUUUCAUUCUCUAGACAUCCCUCAUUUGGAGUAGACCAUCUUUCAGUAUCUGUUACUAUAGUUAUUGCCUUGUUUGAAACUUGGCUGUACAUUCUGUUGUUUGUUACUAAUUAGUUAUGAGACUUUCAAAGUGAAGUUCAUUAGCUAAUUUACAACCCACAAAGCAUGUCUCAUUUCUCUGUAUUCAGAAUCAAUUUGGCACAAAGAUGUUCCUUGUGGCUUCUUAAUCCAAGUAGAGAAAAAAA